ACACUCGUCAUGCAUUAUAUAAACCCAAAUACUCCAAAUUUGUCAUUUCAACCAUGACACUAUAAAGUUGCCAUUCUUCCUCAUCUUUCCCAAUCCAAAUAUCCAUUCAAUCCCUCCCUUUUUUUUUCAUCACUUCAUAUCUAAUUCUUUUCCCAAAUACUAAAACCUAAAUUUAAAAAAAAUAAAUAAAAAAUAAAAAAAAACCAUGGAAAUUAUAAACUUUGUAACAAAUGUAUUAAGCCAAAUACAAAUUUCUGAUAUAUUUUUAGCAUUACUUGGCUUCUUCAUAGUUUCAUGCAUCCAUGAAAAAAUCACAAACAAAUUAGGGCCCACUUUAUGGCCUAUUGUUGGCAUGAUCCCAUCUUUUGCCCUUCAUUACCAAGAAAUUCAUGAAUGGAACACAAAAGCCUUAGAAAAAAGCAAAGGAAGUUAUAGAGUUAGAGGUUUUUUAGGUGGAUUUCCAGGAAUUAUGAUUGCUGAUCCCAUUAAGAUUGAAUAUAUACUUAAAACUAAGUUUAAGAAUUUUCCUAAGGGUGUGUUCUAUAGAGAAAGGUUUCGAGAGCUACUCGGCGAUGGCAUUUUUAACUCUGAUGAUGACAAGUGGAAGGAGCAACGCCGGAUUGCUACGUCUGAGAUGCAUACUAGUCGGUUCGUGCAGUACUCUUUGAGGACCAUGCAAAGUCUUGUGCAUGAUAAAUUACUUAAGGUAAUAGAGAAGCAAGUUAACUCAUCAAGAGACCAUACUAUUGACCUUCAAGAAUUGUUACUUCGUUUUACGUUCGACAACGUGUGUGUGGCGGCUUUUGGUGUCGAUCCUGGUUGUUUAGGCCUCGAUUUACCGGACAUUCCCUUUGCGAAAGCAUUCGAGGAUGCAACAGAGUAUUCUCUGUUCAGGUUCUUGGUACCAGCCUUUAUUUGGAAGACAAUGAGAUUGUUUAACGUGAGCAAAGAAAAGAAGCUCAAAAAUGCCGUACAAAUUGUGCACGAAUUUGCUGAAACCACAGUAAAAAAUCGCAAGGCUGAUUUAAAUAAGCCCGGUAAAUUAGACCGCGAUCCUUGUGAUCUUUUAUCUAGGCUAAUCAAAAUGCAAGAAAAUCAGCUUAGUAAAAACUCUACCCAGAAUUUUACUGAUAAGUUUCUUAAGGAUUUUUGUAUAAGUUUUAUCCUAGCAGGGCGUGACACAAGUUCCGUGGCAUUAGUCUGGUUCUUUUGGCUAGUACAUGAACACCCGAAUGUUGAGGCUAAAAUCUUGCAUGAAAUUACCGCGAUUUUAUCUCAAAGGGAGACGAAAGAUGGACUAAAUGAUGUUGUUUUCCAAGCUGAGGAAUUGGACAAAAUGGUGUACUUACAAGCUGCAUUAUCCGAGUCUCUUAGACUUUACCCUUCGGUACCAAUUGACUUUAAACAAGCUAAGGAAGAUGAUGUUUUUCCGGAUGGUAUGAAAAUUCCAAAGGGUCAUAGAGUCUUGUAUCAUGUGUACGCGAUGGGGAGGCUGAAGUCGAUUUGGGGUGAAGAUAGCUCGGAAUUUAAGCCGGAAAGAUGGUUCAAAGACGGAGAAUAUGCAAGUGAAAAUCAGUUCAGAUAUGUUGUGUUCAAUGCUGGUCCGCGGCUUUGUGUUGGGAAGAAAUUUGCUUAUACACAGAUGAAAAUGGUGGCUGCUUCAAUUCUUCUAAGAUAUAAAGUCAAGGUUGUUAAAGGUCAAGUUAUAACUCCUAAGGUUACUACUACUCUUUAUAUGAAGCAUGGUUUAUCAGUUACCUUUGAGCCUAGGCAACUUGUAGGUAAAUGAGACUAGUACUUUGAGCUCAAAGUUUAUUAUUUUAAAGUUGCUCUUAAAUGUAAAGCAUUAUAAUAGUAUGAUACUAUUGUUUUUUUUUUGUUUUUUUGUUUUUUUGUUUUUUUUUUUUUAAAGAAUUGAGAUCUAAAGAUUCACUAGGAGAUCGGAUAAACUCAGACAACAGUGGAGGUGAGCCGAGGCUUGAACCUUUGGCUUGUAGGUGAAAACUUGUGUGAAAAAUGCCUUUCUUAUAAUGGUAAAUGUAUGAUAUGUCCAAUUGUGAUGUUUUUAUUAAUGUAUAUGAAAUCUAGAAAAAAGAUGGUUACAAAUUUAUCCUUUA